AUGCCGCAUGUCCGGCGCACUGAAUAUCCAAAGGUGAACGCUUCAUAUGUUCCCGCAUACGUCGAGGUAAUUCACCGGUACCAUAAACGCACCCCGUAUGCCGCCAAUGCCUUCCCCCUGGAGCCCUAUCUGUGGUACUGCGACGACGAGGCCCUCUUCCAUUACGGCGCGCCGUCACCGACCUACGGUGCCAACCAUUCCGCCAACACCUACUGGAUAGUGUACAACUCCUCAGCGAAUCCCAUGGUGCUUCGAGGAUUUCACGGAACUUGUCAGUUUCCACAGAUCACCCGCGGAGGGCUUGACGAUAGCUGGCAGCACGGCAAUGAUUUGUACCAAGUCUACCACCAUCUGCUUGGCUUCCUCCCCAAGAAAUACGACCCAAAGCUUGUCAGUUUCCACGUGACGAACAAUGUCAUCACUUCGCAGGUUGCCAGCAUGGUUGCGUCGGGCAUGUUUGGCGGCCAGGUAGCACAGCAGAACUUCCCCCUACUUGUCCAGCCUGCUAGCAUCGACAGUCUCGAGCCCGCAUACCCCUGCUUGGCGGCAAAGAAGAACUUCUCGACGUAUGGCGUCGGAAGCAGAGAUCCGGGCUGGACUGCACAUCUCAAAGCUGCCUCUAGCCUGUACGCACGUCUCGAUUCCAUUUGUGGUGUUUCGCCUGCGGACUCCCCUCGCCGCUAG